AUCUCUUUUCUUUAUUUCUUUGUUUACUGUUUAUUUCAGACGCAGACAAAAGGUAUCACUUCCUAUAUCAGUGGUUUUCGCGGUGAUUAUGAAGCUCAACUGGAGAAUCACGCAAUACCAACCAUCCACAAGAAACGAUGUCUCGGAAGAGUGGAACUCACGGAAAUUAUGGUGACCAACGUCGGAGUAGGGUCGACGCUAACCGUCGUUGCCGACGGGGACUACCACCUUCGGAUCGAACAUCUUCACGCUCGUCUACAUGGACUCUACCGACAUAACGUACUCUUCAUCGAGAAUACGGGUGAUUUCCAACUGGUAAUCAGAGAUCUGAACGCUUCGCUUGGUCCUCUAGUGCCAGUAAACAUUGGAGGGAUACCAUACCUCAAUCAAGAAAUAUCAUGUACCAUCUGGCACACUGAAGACAAGGUCGAAGUAACCGGAGGUAUUCUGCGAUGGCUGGCCAAGAAACGACUGAGGGACACGAUGAAGUGA